CAUUUUCUCGUCUUGUUUCCCUUCCACUCUUUGACUGAACCCCACAUUCCUUUACAUCCUACAAGCUACUACGUAAUGUCUCUAGCCGGUCGACCCCCGUACGCAACCGACGAACCCGACUCUUUCUACGAGUCCGCGCCUACACCAAGACGUAACCCUCUUCCAAAACCUGAAGACCCCAACAAGAGAACGUCAGCAUACAACAUGUACGACAGCUACCUCUCCGAAGCCGACAAAUCCCUCUCUCCCCCCUCCGAGUCUCAACCCAACAGAAACUCGGGCGUCAGCAACCUAGGCAUGGGUCUGCUGAACAUGGCAGACGACUCUGACUCUGAUGACGACUCCGAGGACGAAGCUGAGCAGAGACGAAAGAGGGUAGCUGCUGCUUCCGCUGGAAGCUCCCCGUCCAAGCACGCAGCCUUGGCAGCCGCCACGCAGUCCCCCUCUCCUACGCGUCGUCAGCCGUCUCCUACGCAGCAGCACACCGCAUCUCAGCCGCGGCAGCAGCAGCAACAACAACAGCGGCCCCCUCAGCAGCAACAACGGCCUCCUCAGCAGCAGCAGCCCCCCCAACAGGAACAACAACGGCCUCCUCAGCAGCAACAACAACAACCCCGUCCUCCUCAAUCACCUCCUGGGCAACCCCGCCCCCUCCAACCAAUCGCAGCCCCGCGACCAGGCUACGCAGCCCCAAUAGCCGCCCUCAACCUCGCCCAACCACCCCCCUCCCUCCCUCCCACAGGCCUAGGCCGCCUCCCUCCAUCUGCAAACCCCUUCGACCCCCCCGCACCACCCUUCCCCUCCUCCCCCUCCCCAUCCACUCCACACCCCCUCCAACCACCAAUGACACCUAUCAAACCCAUCUUCGCUCUCCCCUCCUCUUCCCCUUCUUCCCCUUCUUCAAGCGGUGGGGGCGGAGGUCCAGCGGUAACUUUCACAACACAACCAACCCCGCGCAAACCCAUCAUCCGCUCAAACUCCGAAGACCCACUCCUUCCUGGCCGAGGCGAAAAAGGGGACGAUUUCUGGCGUCGGUUCUCCAUGAUCGCAAAGGAAGAACUCGCAAAACCACGAGGCGCAAAGGAUUCUUCGUGGUUGAAGAAAACCCAAAAUGGGCAUGGGAGGAUGAAUAGAUGGGUUGGUAUCGUUUCUGUGUUGUUGAUUAUAUGUAUAGUGGCUGCUGUGGGGUUGGGUGUUUAUUUUAAUCGGAAUGCUCCUGGACAUCAGCAGCCGAAGGUGUUUGGAGGGAGUGCGGAUGAGGUUGGGAGUUCUGUGCCUGGUACUCCGAGUGCCAGUGCCAGUGCCUUUCACCUCCCCUUCUUCCCCUUCUCAACCACCUCCCCUCCCCUCCCCGUCCUUUCCCUUCCCUUCCCUUCCCCUCCUUUCCCUUACCAACCAACCAACCACAUCAAACACGCACGUACCAGCAUCAUCAUCAUCAUCAAAGAGGAUCUUCAAGCAUAUGAUACGCCAAACUAA